AUGGCGGAGAGCGAGCUGAAAUACGAUGUGCUGGAGAAGAUAGGCCAUGGCUCGUUUGGCAUCAUCCGAAAGGUGCGCCGCAAGGCCGACGGCAUGGUGCUGUGCCGCAAAGAGAUCAGCUACCUCAAGAUGUCCCAGAAGGAGCGUGAGCAGCUGCACGCCGAGUUUCAGAUCCUCUCGACGCUGCGGCACGCCAACAUUGUCGGCUACUACCACCGCGAGCACCUCAAGGCCACGCAGGACCUGCACCUGUACAUGGAGUACUGCGGCAACGGCGACCUCGGCCGCGUGAUCCGCGACUUGGCCCACCGCAACCAGUACGCCGAGGAGUCGUUUGUGUGGAGCAUCUUUGCACAGCUCGUCACCGCGCUGUACCGCUGCCACUACGGCGUCGACCCGCCCGACGUCGGCAAGAACGUGCUGGGCCUCGGCGUGGCGGCCAAGCCCAAGGUGCCGACAGGCGGCGUCACGAUCCUGCACCGCGAUCUUAAGCCGGAAAACGUCUUCUUGGGCGAGGACAACUCGGUCAAGCUCGGCGACUUUGGCCUCGCCAAGAUGAUCCAGUCACAUGACUUUGCCUCGACCUAUGUCGGCACGCCCUUUUACAUGUCGCCCGAGAUCUGCGCCGCCGAAAAGUACACGCUCAAGUCGGACAUCUGGUCGCUCGGCUGCAUCAUCUACGAGCUCUGCGCGCGGGAGCCGCCCUUCAAUGCCAAGUCGCACUACCAGCUCGUCCAGAAGAUCAAGGAGGGCAAGCUGGCGCCGCUGCCUGUCGUCUACUCGCCCGAGCUGUGCGCCGUCGUGCGCGACUGUCUCAAGGUCAAUCCCGACCGCCGCCCGGACACGGCGCAGCUGCUCAACCUGCCCGUCGUGCGCCUGAUGCGCAAGGAGAAGGAGGUUGUCGAGCUCAGCAAGACGAUCAAGUCCAAAGAAGAGCAGCUCAACAAGCGGGCGCGCGAGCUCGAGCGCAAGGCCGAGUCCGACAAGGCGCUGCUGCGCCAGGAGAUUGACGCCAGCCUGCGCCGCGAGUGGGAGGUCAAGGCGCGCCUCGAGAUUGACCGCCUCGUCAACGCGGAGCUGGACCAGCUGCAGAGCAAGUUUGAGGAGGAGGUGCGCGCGCGUGUCGAAAAGGACCUGGCCGAGGCUCUGCGAAACGCAGCCGCCGCAGCACCAACAACAACAACAACAUCAUCGUCGACAUCGCGCCCUGCGUCCGCCCUCGACGAUCCCCUGCUCCUCCAGAUGCCGCCGCCACACCUGCCGCCGCCCAUGUCGCUGGCCUCGUCGGCGGGCCAUGAGCUGUCGUCGUCGAUCUGCAAGUCCGAUUACAAGUCCGACUACCUGUACUCGUCCAUGGGCGACGGCGAGUUCCCGUCCACGACGGACAUCACCGAGCUGUCGGUGGACGAGUCACUCCUGCAGCCAACGUCUGCAGAAUCGGCGGCCGCUUGCGCCAGCAGCAACGGCAACAACAACAACGGCGUGGUCGUCGCAUCGGCGACGGCAGCCUUUAUGAAGAAACAAGCGGCCCCCGCGCCCCAGGCCCGGACACCGUUUGGCCGCGCGCAGACCAUGUUUGCUGGUCCCGCCGGCACCCCAAUGGACGUCGAGAUGGCUUCACCAUCGCCCAUGGCCAUUGCGUCCCUGUCUCUCUCGCCGCGCCGGAACGCCGCGACCAAGGUGCCGACCACGAAUAACGGCUCCAUCUUUACCGCGGCGCCCGAUGACCUACGAUGGAACGGUCCGCGCGAGUCGUCGGGCGGUGUGCCGUCCGACUGGGACUCGGACGACGACGUGGCCAUCCCCUCGCCGACACGCAUGAUCAAGUCGCGCAAGAACCCCUUUUCGUCUAAGCAAAAGCUGCAGCAGCAACAGCAACAGCAACAGCAGCAACAACAUGGGCAGCAGCCGCAAGGACAACCCGUCCAGCAGCGUCCAGGCAUUGCAUCGCAAAAGUCGGCACCGCUCUUCAGCCGCGCAGCACGGUCCAAGGUCGGCCUGGAGGCCACGGGCGCCAAGACCACCUCGGCCGUCGACGGCAACCUGCGCUCUGCUCUGAGCGGCGGCGCGCUGCGGGAGCGUGCACAGUCGCCUAGCCGGCGGCUGAGCAAGAUUCCCUCGGCCGCCAACAUGGGUGCCGAGCACACAGCAGAGAGCGGCGGCCGCGCGCUGGCCCGCAAAGGCUCCUUCAAUUGGAAAGACGCUGGCGACGUUCAGCCUGAGCAGCAGCAGGCGUCGGGAUCGCAGCCAGAACAGCAGCAACAGCAAUCCUCACAACAACCGACGGCUGUUGGCCUCGUCAGCAAGCAGAAACCCGGCAUCCGCGGCCGCACGCUGGUCGAGCUGCAGCAGGCGCGUGCGGGCGGUCGUCCGUUGAGUGCCGUUGUGGACGGCAACGUCAACAGCAACGUCAAUGCCAGCCCCAAACGGCCUUUCCGCGAGCAUGCCAUGGCGGCCAACCGCGGCCACCUCGAGCCCGCGGCGGUCUGGGACCCAGAACAGGACGACAUGCCGAGCCCGUUCCUGGUGCGCCGCAAGGUGAUUAUUGGCGGUCCUGCGGCGGGUGCCAAGGCAUAG